AUGUCGUCUAUUUACUUCAGUUGGAAUGGUGUAGCAGUUUGGCGAUGGGAUGUGCCUAACGAAGAAGUUUGUGGCAUUUGUCGCGUCCAUUUUGACGGUUGCUGUCCUACUUGCAAGACUCCAGGGGAUGAUUGUCCACUCAUAUGGGGUGAAUGUACGCACGUGUUUCAUAUGCACUGUUUAUUAAGAUGGCUUCAAACAGAAGGUAGUCGUGGACAAUGUCCUAUGGAUCGUAGAACUUGGG